ACAGCCAGCAUCACGCCGCACAAUGGUUUCCAGGCAGUGAAAGAGCGUGAUUCAGCAAGCCACUCGUUUUCCCCCCCUCUUUAUUUCAUUAUUAUUGGACAUUUUGCCUCCCCUUUUUCCAUCCUCUCUAGCCUCUCCCCCAGGCUUUGCUUGAUUUCUUUAGAGGAAAGCAUUGUAUUGCCUCGAAUCCAGCUGCCCAUGUUUUUAUUCUUUUUACUUUUAUAAAAAGCCCAUUUUUUCCUCGACGCUGUUUGGAAUGUGACUUAAAAAUACCACCUCAAUUCACGGUUUGGGGGAGAGGUUGCUGGACGAGGAGAACAGUUGGCAAGCGCGGAAUGGGCUAGUAUUAGAAACGUGUACCAGCAGCCGGCCAGACUCAAACAGCAGCUAUGGCAACCCGUGCAUGAAGUUGCUGCCUUUGACACAUUUCCUAUAGAUGAGGCAUAUCAAACGCCGUGGUAUUUAUGAGCCGCCAUUUCUUAUACUAUUGUGGUGAACCUACCCUGGAUGUGAAAAUUGCCUUUUGUCAGUUACACCAAAGAAGAGCUGAACAGAAACAUUUCUAUUUUACAUGCACAGAGGAAAGGGAUUUGGGAAACAAGUGGAUGUGUCAUAUAUUGCCAAACAUUACAACAUGAGCAAAAGCAAAGUUGACAACCAGUUCUACAGUGUGGAAGUAGGUGACUCGACCUUCACAGUUCUCAAACGCUACCAGAACUUGAAACCUAUUGGCUCUGGGGCUCAGGGAAUAGUUUGUGCUGCAUAUGAUGCUGUCCUUGACAGAAACGUGGCCAUUAAGAAGCUCAGCAGACCAUUUCAGAACCAAACUCACGCCAAGCGAGCAUACAGAGAGCUGGUCCUCAUGAAGUGUGUGAAUCAUAAAAAUAUUAUCAGUUUAUUAAAUGUCUUCACACCACAGAAAUCUCUGGAGGAGUUCCAGGAUGUUUACCUGGUAAUGGAGUUAAUGGAUGCCAAUCUGUGCCAGGUCAUACAGAUGGAGCUCGACCAUGAGCGAAUGUCUUAUCUACUUUACCAAAUGCUCUGUGGUAUCAAGCAUCUUCACUCCGCAGGAAUCAUUCAUAGGGAUUUAAAACCAAGUAAUAUCGUGGUAAAAUCUGACUGCACAUUGAAGAUUUUGGAUUUUGGACUGGCCCGGACUGCAGGCACAAGCUUCAUGAUGACUCCAUAUGUGGUGACACGUUACUACAGAGCACCAGAGGUCAUCUUGGGAAUGGGCUACAAGGAGAACGUGGAUAUAUGGUCUGUGGGAUGCAUUAUGGGAGAAAUGGUUCGCCACAAAAUCCUCUUUCCAGGAAGGGACUAUAUUGAUCAGUGGAAUAAAGUUAUCGAGCAGCUGGGAACGCCCUGUCCAGAAUUUAUGAAGAAGCUGCAGCCGACGGUACGGAACUAUGUUGAGAACAGACCCAAGUACGCUGGCCUCACCUUCCCCAAACUUUUUCCAGACUCUCUCUUCCCAGCUGACUCGGAACACAACAAACUCAAAGCCAGCCAAGCCAGGGACCUUUUAUCAAAGAUGCUAGUCAUUGAUCCGGCUAAGCGAAUAUCAGUAGAUGAAGCCUUACAGCAUCCAUACAUUAACGUCUGGUAUGACCCAGCAGAAGUGGAGGCGCCGCCUCCCCAGAUAUACGAUAAACAGCUGGAUGAAAGGGAACAUACAAUCGAGGAAUGGAAAGAACUCAUCUACAAAGAAGUAAUGAAUUCUGAAGAAAAAACUAAAAAUGGAGUAGUAAAAGGACAGCCUUCUCCUUCAGGUGCAGCAGUGAACAGCAGUGAAAGCCUCCCUCCGUCCUCAUCUGUCAAUGACAUCUCAUCCAUGUCCACGGAUCAAACUCUGGCGUCUGACACGGACAGCAGCCUGGAAGCUUCUGCAGGACCCCUCGGUUGUUGCAGGUGACUAGCCG